AUGGGUAAAUCCUGGUCCAGUCCCAAUAUCACAGCAGCCACCAUGAGGGACAAUAGGACUAGACUUGUCAAGAAAUUGAUGCAUCAUAGUCGCAAGAUUGACUAUCAGAAAGACAGCUUUCAAGAGACUGCAGGUUUUCUCGCUCGAUGCGCUAGCGAGCUUGCCAUGGUAGCAGACCGCAACAUGUUUUAUCCAGAGGUGCACGAGACUUGA